CCCCGUCUCUCACUCGAAGAUGUGAAGCGGGAAAUCUUACAAGAAGAUUUCCGCCGUCGCGAAUUGGCGGGUACCGAUGGUGCCGGAGUUGCAAGCAUGGGCCGUGGGCACGGCCGUGGAAGGGGCAGAGGGCGAGGAGGAAGAUUUGGCAGCAGUAACUUCAGUGGGGGCCGUGGAUUUCUCAACUUGGCUGAAGAAGCAGGGCAUAAGGCACUCUCUUACCAUGCCCUACUCUCCUGCAAUGAACGGCAUUGCCGAGCGUGCGAAUCGGACACUCACGGAGACGGCUCGGGGACUUCUCAUUGAAGCCGGUCUUCCCAAUUACUUUUGGCCGGAUGCGAACCAGAGGACAUGACAAGUGUGGGAGGCUUCAUCUGCUGUAUUGGUGGAGGGCCAACAGCUUGGGAGAGCAAGAAGCAAGUGGACCAAGCAUUG